UCGAACGUUGCUGUAAAUCUUGUCGAUUGCACCAAACUAUGAUCUAGAAACGCGGAUGAGUCCCGCGAUAUAUAAAGCGCGGAGCAGACCCUGUGUUUGUCAUUCCCUCGAGAUCAUUCUGCGUUGAAAGGGUAGCAACGAGAGCAGGGAGAGCGAGUCUCCCUCGGAGGGAUAGAGUAAUUUGUUUUUUUUUCUGUCGCUGGAAAGCAUCAAUAUAUAAGCGUCAAUAUGCUAAAGAUCAAUCUAAUGAUAUUCAUCAUGACGCUGGCCGUGGCGCGUUCGGAACCACCGGUCAAUUCAUAUCUACCUCCGAGAGCGGGAGUUUCCAGCGUGAAUGGUAACGGUGGUCAAACUGAUCUUUCUACUCAGUAUGGAACGCCGGAUUUUGGUAAUGGGGGUGGUGUUAAUAGAAACAGUGGCGCAACAAGUUUCAACGGUCUUGGUAAUGGCGCAGGUAAUGGUCCAUCGAAGCUUUACGGCGCGCCCGUCGGGGGAAACGCCGGUAGAAAUGGUCUAGGUCAGUCCCGAGGAAACGGAUUUGGGGGCGGACAACCCGUUAGCUCUUACGGCCCUCCCAACGGUGGCAUCGGUGGAAACGGGCGGCCAUCGAGCACCUACGGAACUCCUGACGCGAAUGGAAAUAACAGAAAUGGUUUUGGCAAUGCUGAAAAACCAUCGAGUAGCUACGGCGUUCCUGAUGUGAAUAACGGAGGCGCUUUCAGAAGCGGUGACAGUGGAGGCAAGCCAUCGACCAGCUAUGGCGUUCCCGAUGUGAAUGAAAGUCACGGAGGUGGUUUUGGUGGAAAUGGCAGGCCAUCGAAUAGCUAUGGCGCACCUGGUGCAAACAGAAACCACGGAGGUGGUUUUGGCGGGAACGGGGGUAACGGAAGACCAUCGAAUAGCUAUGGCGCACCUGGUGCGAAUGGAAAUCACGGAGGUGAUUUUGGUGGAGGCAGCAAGCCGUCGAACAUUUAUGGCGCACCUACCGCAAACGGAAAUCAUGGAGAUGGUUUUGGUGGAAACGGAGGCAACGGAAGACCAUCGAAUAGUUAUGGCGUACCUAUUGCAAAUGAAAAUACGAACGGCAAAGGUCGCUUGAGUGGCAGAAAUAAUAACGAAGGGCCGUCGAGCAGUUAUGGACCUCCGAAUGAGCCCAGAACGAACGAUAUAAACGAAUUCGGUAGCGCUAAUGGAGGAUUAUCAAGCAGUUACGGUCCACCCAAUCGAGAAAAUGAUAAUAAAAACGGCUAUUCGUCUGGAAGUCCAAAUGGAGACGCAGGAAACUUCAGAAACAACGGCGGAAGUUUUGGAAAUGAAGAAAGAAGAAGUGGCGGCGGAGGUUACAACGACAAUGCGCAAGAAGAAAGCACCGAGCCGGCAAAAUACGAAUUUUCGUACGAAGUGAAGGACGAGCAGUCCGGUAGCGAUUACAGUCACACGGAGACUAGAGACGGUGAUCGCGCUCAAGGCGAGUUCAACGUCUUGCUUCCGGAUGGUAGGAAGCAGAUUGUCGAGUAUGAGGCUGAUCAGGAUGGAUUUAAACCGCAAAUUAGAUACGAGGGCGAAGCGAACGCCGGCGGAAGAUACGAUUCCGGCAGGCCGAAUGGUAACAAUGAUGGUUAUCCUUCUGGCAGAGCAGACAGCGGCUUCGCGGAUAGCUCAAGAUUUAAUAGUGGCGGUGGUAAUAGCGGUUAUCCGAACGGUGGACCUCGCGAGGGAAAGCUUGGCGGAUUUAAUAGCGGAGGCGGCAACGGUUAUCAAUCGGGAAGGCCAGAUCAGUCUUCAGGCCGAGAUCAUAAUGAUGGUUUAAGCGGCGAUAUCGGCGGAUAUUUUUCCAACGCGCCUAGCAAUAACAUAAAUGGAAAUGACAAUAUAAAUGGCGGAAGUAAUGGACAAAAUGACGGUAAUAGUGGAUAUCAAUAUUGACGAACACAUAGUUUAAUAGAAUCAAGUAUCCUCAGUUUAGAUAAUUUUGCAAAAAGAUAAUGAAGCGACUGAAGGAAUUCAUUUGUUGCAAACUUAUCUGUAUAUUUAGCCAAAUAUUAUUUAA